AUGACUGCUCCAUCACCACCUUCAUCACAUGCUCCUAGCCUACCUCCCCCACCACUCGAUCUUACGGCAUCCAGCAGGGACGACAUACACAAACUACUCACCCAACAUGCAGAAGCAAACGGUUACAAGCCUUUGGAACAUUCCACUUCCCAAAAGACCGACUGCCCUUUCUCAGUCAAGACCCAAGAAGUUCUUGCUCCAAACGUACCUCCUGAACUCCGCAAGCUAGUUCACGAUCCGGCAAGUGGCCUCCCCCCAGUAGGUACCUGGCAGAUUGUAAUCAAACACGGUGGUCAUAACCACGGACCCAUUGCUGGCCCACAACCUGAAGGCUGUCAAGCAGUGAUCCAACAUGUAUCAAACAACUACUUCCGGCCUCGUACCACCCACUUUCCAGGCUUUCAAUCAGACAAUCCUCCACAAAUGGUACCUUCCCAUCCUAAGAAGAAGAAACAGAAAAGUAUCAAAAAGGCGUCGCCACCUCCAGAUAGCUAUCUGUUUCCAAUUUUUACCGCUUCAGGUUCACCUCCUCCUCCUCCUCCCGCUCCCGCUCCGUUUUCACCUCCACAUCUAUUAUCCCCCCUACCUACCAAAACCAGCGACCAGCACUCUCCUGUUUCUGCGGCGUCCGAUCCAGCCCAAAAUCAAUGUACCAAUAUCCAUGAUACCAAAGGCCUUGUCGAUUACGAUUCAGAGGACCCGUGGCCAUCCAGUGGACUCGAUGAAGUGAAACCUGAAACCCCUCAAAGCGGAGCAUCACUUUCAUACAAUGAAAUGCCGUCACCCUCAUCGAUCCUUCCUCCUCUGAACUCAGCUCUUUCUGCUACUUCCAAAGAUACCACUCAGAUCGCAGCAGCUGCUAGCGCUCCCCCUGCGCUAACAUCCUUAGAGACACAGUGCACAAAUAUCUGCGUGUUGAACCCACCGCCAUUCGUCGGUCCACUCGGCACACGGUCGUUCCCACAGCCUCGCCACCGGGCCCUUGACGUUCGACACGACGGUCAGCGCUUUCAGGCACCAUCAACAAAGUGUGACACUUGUGUGCCACAUUGGCUACAGCAAUAUGUUCAACAGAUCAGUGAUCCUAAACCCAAUGGACACUGCGGCUAUCGUGCAAUCGCAAUCAGUGUGGGCCGUUCAGAGCACAAAUGGCUUUUGGUGCACGAAGACCUUAUUCAUCAACUGCAGUCAAAGUCGGAGUAUUACAAUACCCAUAUCAAACUACGGAUGCGCGGUGAUGGCGACGUUGCCCAACAUAUUCAAGCAAUUAAAACUCAACGAGAAGAGGUCCUCAACACCCCAGAGCUAUGGCUUGAUUUGGCACAAAUGAUGUAUGUGAUUGCAAACACGUACAAACAAGUAUUCUGUGUUUACUCCGAAGCACAUAGUUUUUCUGCUUUGCCGCUUGAUUGCGCCGUUAACAAUAAUCCACCGAUAUUUCUUUUUUUUGACCAAAAACCCAUGGCGCGAGUUGCACAACUUAGCACUACCUCAGGCGAAGGACUGGGUCGACAAGUGUACACAGGCCAUUCGAAAAACCAACCACGACAACUCCAAAGCUUACCAUACCCUCCCACACCCUCUCUUCCCUUCCAUCUCAUCCAACAAUACCUACCGACCAUGCCACGAUUCAAUGGGGUUGUUCCCACCUUCAACGCACGGAAGCCAUACUGGCUUGGUACACCAAAGACCGAGACUCAAAAGCGUCAUUUUGCUAGGAUGGCUGCUGCGGUCCAGGCACGAACCCCUAAUGUUCCCGUCAUUGCCCUAAAUCAAGGCCCUGCUUUAGAUCACGGCACCCAUCCUGACCAGAUCAUAGGUCUGCCGGAACUCGAGGCCAUGUUCCCGGUUCCCCAAUUAAUCGAAGACAUCCGUCUUGCAAGGAUUGAAGAGGAACGAAAGCAGCGUUCUCUAGCCUUGGAACGCGCAACACAGGAGAUGUUCUAUGCCUACAUAGAAUGUCACCUGCAUACCUCCGAAUGCGGUGAUCCUUCAAUGUGGGACGUGGAUCACCGGCCGAUGUGCAAUUUUCACCCUCAUGCAAAGCGAGUGAGAAAAGUCGAUCUAGUAGACAUUUUAUAUCGUCGCAAAGCUGAGGUAACGUUUUGUCGAUGUGAAGAGAACGAUAACACCCGACUCAUCUACAUGGGGUAUAUUGGGGGGUCACCUAAGUACCCUGAAACGGCCUUUUCGAUACGACUGCUGCAAUUAUUCCACAUCAUUUGGAAGUACUGCACCAGCCGCGUGGACCCUUUCACCCGAGCUCUGGAUGAAUACCUGGACGCCUUUAAUCCUCUGAUCCUCACCAAGAACAAAGAGAAUGCCCUUGAUAUUGAAUUGACCCUUUCCUCUCAAGAAAAGCUGGGCGAAAACUGCCCACGUUGCUUUGGCCCUUCAGUUCCCAGUCAGACAGAUUCUGAACCUGAUGUAGUGGUAUGCCUGGAUGGAAAUUUCCAACAUCGACGCCACAUCGCCGCCGGUCAAAAUGCAGCCAGGGACCCCACCAAACUGCCCUCCAGUUUCCUACCCGAAGACAAAGUGAAUCGAAUGGAACAACGACUGGCUGGCCUUCCCAAAGAUACCAGACUUGAAGCAUGUGCUGUACAACAUACUGCCCCAAAUGACGUUUGGGGCAAGGGGCACUGGGCCAGAUGUGAUGGCAAUGGUAUGCCGCCAUGA